CAAGCGCCCGCCUUCGUCUCACCCAAAAACCUCAGCCCUCGUUCACCACUCUCCAACACCCAACGCCUCCAAAUUCAAGUAAAAUCCCAAACCCCGGUUUCCAAGCACAAAUCCUCCAACAUGCCUUCAGGACAAGGAGCUGGAACAAAUCCUCUUCACAACAAAAAGCCUAAGAAGCAGGCCAAGGAGCUUGAUGAGGAUGACCUUGCAUUCAAGGCUAAGCAGCAAGCUGACAAGAAGGCACGAGAGGAGAUGGCUGGUAAGGCGAAGGGCAAAGGACCCAUGAACACUGGACAGCAGGGUAUUAAAAAGUCAGGCAAGAAAUAGGUGUGAUUGGGCUCGACGGAUUUGAUGGAUGCGGGGAGCCGGGAAUCAUGAUUAUACUAUGGGAGGCGCAUAUGUCACGAUGGGGUCUUCAUGGUAUAAAUGAACGAUAUACUAAUGAUGCCGAGUUUCUUCCCCCCAGACUCCUAUAGGGUGCUAUGCUCACACUGUUCUUCUACUUGGGCCCCUGGAAAGCCGACCAGAACCUCAGCCACUCUCUAGUUCAACUAAGUCACAACUUUACCAUCAUACCAA